UUGCGGUCAAUGAUUAUCGAUUUUAUCGAGCCAAAGUUCAAGCCAAACUAAAAAAAUCGCCAUCAAUGCUCCAAUUAUGUCCCUAAGAAUUACAUCUUGUCGGAAGUUCUUUCAUUUUGCCGAUUACUUUAUCGGACCGUCGUGGCGUAAUUCACUGCCGAGCCCCGGGGCCAGGGGCUACUACUACGACAGCGGGACGCCCCGAGUCGCCGAGCCGAGUGAGGCGACUCGUGUCCGGGUUGUGGACCUCCGCAGCGACACGGUGACCAAGCCUGGGGCGGCGAUGCGUCGGGCCAUGGCCGAGGCCGAAGUCGGGGACGAUGUGAUGGGGGAAGACCCGACGGUUAACGAGUUGCAGAAGAUUGCAGCCGACAUGUUUGGGAUGGAAGCCGCGCUGUUCAUCCCCACUGGAACCAUGAGCAACCUCAUCGCAGUGAUGGUGCACUGCAGGGAGCGCGGCGAUGAGAUGAUUGUGGGCGACCUGUCCCAUCUGCACAUCUACGAGCAAGGAGGGAGCGCACAGCUGGCCGGCGUCCACGCCACCACGGCCACCACCUUUGCCGACGGCACCUUUGACCUGGACCAGCUGGAGUCGAAGAUCCGCCACGACUACCCGGACCCGCACUACCCGCGCUCACGCCUCAUCUGUGUGGAGAACACGCACAACAUACAAGGCGGACGCGUGAUGCCGCUGCACUUCCUGCAGGAGGUGCGGGCUCUUGCCGACAAAUACUCCCUGGCGGUCCACAUGGACGGAGCCCGGCUGAUGAACGCCGCAGUGGCGCUGGGGGUGCCGGCGUCCGCCAUACUGCAGCACACACACACUGUCAGCGUGUGUCUCUCCAAGGGAUUAGGGGCCCCGGUGGGAACCAUGCUAGCCGGCCCCAAAGACUUCAUAUCCCGGGCGCUGAGGUGUCGUAAAGCCCUGGGUGGCGGGAUGCGUCAGGCCGGCGUGCUUGCGGCGGCGGGAAAACUCUCUUUGCUGGAGAUGGUUGGAAGACUACAAGAAGAUCACAACGAGGCAAAAACGUUUGCCGAAGCUCUGCAGAACUGCGAGCCGGCUCUGUUCGCCGUGGACUCGGCCGCCGUGGAGACCAACAUUCUGCGCUUCCAAAUCCAAGAGCCCACCUUGAGUCCCUCGGAGUUCUGUAGACGCAUGGCCCGGGUCGGCGAGGGAGAAGAGGACGCACUGGGACAGGGGGUUCAAGUCCUCAUGUAUCCCCAUUUUGGGAAUUGCGUUCGAGCCGUCUGGCACCUGGGGAUAUCGCCCGAGGACACGCGGCUGGCCAUCCAGAAGAUGCACUUCGUGGCCCGGCAAUACUCCAAGAAAAAACAAAGGGGAUUGUGAAACAUUUUUGCAGGAAAUCGAAUCUUGAAAAGUGGGAUAUUUGAUGUGAAGUAAUUGGAGCCUUCAAUGAUAAUUCAUAACAAACAUUGAUUUUUUUUUGUAAUCUUGGAGAUCUAAAAGGGCCCCAUUCAUUAAUGUGUUCAAAAUAAGUGAUACAUUUAUUUUUUUCUUAUUUCAACGCUUAAGUCUCUAGAUCAACUUCAUAUCUAUUAGUCGAUUAUAAGUUUUAAUAUUUUUUUAUAAUUGUUUUAUGUAUUUUUGUCUAAUAAAACUUAGUUUUUUUAUAUGACUAACACAAACUAUGCAAUAUUUUCUCCCCAAAAUAUUCAAAAGUGAAAUAUUUAUAUAUAUUUAUGUGAAGUAAUUGGAGCCUUAAAUAGGUCAAUCAUUCAUAACAGCAUUGAUUUUGAUUCAUUAUUAUUUUUUGAGCAAUGACAGUAUGUGAAAAAGAAAUCCCAUAAAUUCUUGGGGAUCAAAAAGGUUAUACUUUUUUUUUUUUUUAAUUAAUUAUUUUUAUUUUUCAACACUUCAACACUUUUGCAAUAUGCAUCCAUAUCAAUCUGUCGAUUAUACGUUUUUCAUAUUUUUUUCACGUUUGUUUAAAUGUACUUUUUGUCAAAGGAAACUUAGUUUUUUCACACAUGUGCAAUAUUUUCUCCCAAAAAAUAUUUCAAAGUGGAAUAUUUGAUGUGAAAUAAUUGGAGCCUUUAAUAGAUCAAUAAUUCAUAACUGCAUUGAUUUUGAUUCAUUAUUAUUUUUUGAGCAAUGACUGUUUUUGGAAAAAAAAAUCCCAUAGAGUUCUGGGGAUCAAAAUUGUAUUUAUUAUUUUAUUUUUUUACUUUCAACACUUUUGUAAUAUGGUUCCAUAUAAAUCUGUCGAUUGUAAGUUCUUAUUAUGUUUUUCAUGUUUGUUUUAUGUACUUUUUGUCAAAGGAAAGUUUGUUUUUUAUAUGGUCAACACACAAAAUGUGCAAAAUGAAAGUGGAAUAUUUGAUGUGAAGUAAUUGGAGUCUUAAAUAGAUCAAUAAUUCAUGACGACAUUGAUUUUGAUUCAUUGAUAUUUUUUGAGCAAUGCCCGCGAAAGGGAAAAAGCGGUAGAAAAUGGAUUUAUGGUAUGAACAGUUUUUGAAUUAAAAAAAUCCCACAAAUUCUGGGGAUCAAAAAGGUCAUACAUUUAUUUAUUUUAAUUUUAUUUUAAUUUUUUAUUACAUUUUAGCACAACUUGAAAAAAUACGUGGGGACUUCUGUUGUGUAAGGUGGGGAAAAUGUUUAGAAUGUGGAAAUCAAUCACCAAAUAUCCACAUUUUUGUAUGUCUCAAAAUGCAGAUGUAGUGUGGAUAAGCGAUGCUAGCCACAGCGCUAAGCUAGCGUGAAUGUGAAGUGGUGAAACAACAAAAUUGCUUCGUACAAAUUCGACAGAAGUCAAACUAGAACCGCGAUACAGCAGAGCGCCACAAGCUAGGAAGAGGAAAUUAGCAAGUAGAAAAUAAUAAGUCAGGAAAGAGAAUAGUAUCCACACAGUGUCAAGCUCAAACACUGAUGACAUUUAUUAAACAGACAAGAAGCAAGGAAUCAUGCAGAGACAGAGUUCAAUUUAGCUCAUGUUUUGGGCUGUAUUCUAGUUACAGAUCCAAACUACGUUCUAAAAGUCCAGCCCGCGUGCUUCCUCUCUUUAUUUGGAAGGUCCCUGUUACAUCACUGAAGCUGUCGCUGAGGGAAGGGGGGUAAUCUGGACAACUCCAGUUAGACACAAUAUAUGAUUAUACAAAAAUGCAAAUGUGUCGACGCUGGUGCUAUCGCCCCGUCUCUGCUUUGUCUGCGUCCCGGUACCCGAUGUUCGGCCUUGGCAGUCAGCAGGCCGAGUCUGGACACAACACUGAUAGAGACGGCUGGCUUGCAAUCUUUUGGAUUGCCAGCUUUGCACAGACAAAGAAAAAUACCACUUCCGCACAAUUGACAAUAAUUAAUAGCAACGGCCCUUAAGCAUAAAGUUGUGUGAUAAUAUAUACAUAAUUAUUCUAACACACAGUACAAUAACGCCGUGCUAGCCGCGGCGCUAAGCUAGCUGGAAUGUGAAGUAGCGAAACAACAAAAUUGUUUCGUACAAUUUAACAGAAGUCUUACUGGAGCAGAGCGUAACAAACUAGGAAGAGGAAAUUAGCAAGUAGAAAACAAUAAGUCAGGGAAGAGACUAUUAUCCACACAGUACAAUUACGCUGUGCUAGCCGCGGCGCUAAGCUAGUUGGAAUGUGAAGUAGUGAAACAACAAAAUUAUUUCUGCUUGACUUUUGAUUUCAAAACAAAUUGUCGACUGUAAAAUUGACAAUAGAUUUUACGGUUAAAUUCCGCCGACAAGAGUUUUUUUUUACUGUAAAAUCAACUUUGGUACUGUUUUUUUUAUUUUUUAUAUACAGUAAGACACUAAAACAUUAAAAAACUAAUAACAAAAAAACACAGACUCACCACAACAACAAGAAAAAAAAACUGGCAGAUUUGUUGCUUGAAUUUUACCGCUAAAAACAGCGGUAUUGUUUCUCCAUUCCAUUCCAUUUGUACUUUUUUUUUUAUAUGCUGUAAAAAAAAAAAAUGCUUUUACUGUAAAAUUCUGGUGACUGAGCUGCCAGUUUUUAAAG